AUGGCCAGAGGCUGCAUUGAGCGGACCAUUCGCUUUGCUCAGAUUGCCAUUGCCAACCUCGACGCAGUGCUGCAGGGCAACGCCAGCACCAAUAGCGUUCACAACGUGCUCCGCGCCGCACUGGAUGGCAUCCGGGAACAGCUACCAGCCGUCACUGAUGCAUUCACAAGCGAUAUGCGCAACCACGUUCUGGAUCUCGCGCACUGCGCCCAAGUUGACGGGACCAUGCGCAUUCGCGAAGUCAGAGAGAUCGUGCUGGCAAUCAAGGUCUCUCUCGAAACACUGUUGGGGAACUUGACAAUUGUGGAAAGAAGUGCCAAUCCGUCGGCUUCUGGAAGUGCUGCAGGGUCGGAUCUCAACGCGGACAGAGAAGACGACCCUGAUGAGGAAUGGUUGAUGCGACUGUGGGCAUGGACAAUGGAGGAUAGUGAUCGGCUGGGUGACUGA